UUUGUGUUGGUGUAAACAGUGUGUGUUCGUCGGUUCUGUCACUGCCACCUGUAUCGAGUGUAUCGCUGUAUCAGGUGUUUUAUCACUACAUCUGUGACUAACUAACAAUAAAACACUGAACAUGGAAUAACCUCAAAGUGGAGUCCCACAGAUGGGUGUCCAGAACAGCUGAUCCCACUCCAGUCAGCCAGUCUGUCUGUUUUGUCAUCCGAUCAGCUGCUUCUACAGUCUAUUGCUGCCAACUGUAAGCUCAGGAUCACAGGGGAGUCUGCAGUGCUGCAGGUGUGGCAACAUAACAUCAGCGCUCACAUCGACCAAUGGAGGAGCAGACAGCGACUCUCCGUGUUGUUUAGGAACAGAAUGCGGCUCAACCAAAACUGUAAACUGGACACUGUAGAAGAGAACAUCAAGUCAACAUGUAUCCUGGAUCACGUUUCCAACGAUAAGGAUCUCUGGAUGAGCAAGAAGGAGAAAGUUCAUCGUUUGCGAGAGUUGAGCUUGAGAUCUGAAGAUUCAUGGAGUCCAUGGGCUUCACUCUCGGAGGUGACAGCUUCUGGGAGCGCAGAAGGACUGUCAGAACAGCAGCUGCAGAGUAAUGAGCUCAUGUUAGGUAUGAUAGUUGGCGAAGUAGUCUACAACCAUCAGCUGAGUAGGUUGGUAGACCUGGCCAGAGCGUCUGUAAGAUGGAAGGAUUCUCUACCUUUGUUCAACAGACGAAGCAUCAUUGGAUGUUCUCUGAGAGUGAAGAAAAGUUCUGACACCCUAGUCAGGAGGUUGGAGGAGGAGUGGUCAAAACCUAGCUUUCUACUGUCAGAUCUCGGCCGAGUGUUCAACAUCUUGGAGAGUAGCUUCAACGCUGCAACUGCCCAAGCUUACGUUGCCUACUGCGACAACCUCGAUGAUGCGCGAACACUCUUCAGACGAGCGACCCAGCGAGACUCGGUGCUGAUGACGGACGUGGUAAGUGCCAGAUGCCACAUAGAGUUGGCACUACUGCCAUUGCAGAGGCUGAGUCAGCUACGGGCCAUGCUGGAACAGCUGCGUAGAGUGCUGCCCUCGGACGAUGACAACGGCAGCCGCGUCCUGCUGGAGUGUCAACAGCUCAACGUCACUGUGGCGGGGAUUAUUGAGCUUUGCUACAAAGUUUUGUCAUCACUCCAUGGCACAAGUUACCUGGCAGACAUUGAUAACAUGCUGGACUUUAGCAAUAAAUUGUCAAUGUUGAGGAUGAAACGGCAAACGACUAACUUCCGCAGAAGCCCCGAUCCUCGUACAAGGCCUCGAUUACCCCUUCCAGACGAGAUGGAAGACGGAACUCUGAAACCAGAAAACGGAAAUGUCUACGUGACCACUCCGACCCUGAAGAGUAAAUCUUUGGAUCAAAACUCCAACAAUACCAAUGAGGAGUCUUUUAACAUGAUAGACCUGAGAUCUUUGGAGAGUUUGUUGGUUGAGACAAAGGUUGACUCGGGAUCGUUGACGGAGAGUGUGAGUGACACCUCCAGUUCCGGUCAGAGCAGCCCUGGCAGAGCUUACGAACUGAUCGAGAUGAAAUUGAUGAAGAAAAGCGCUGAGGAAGAUAUGCAGAAGAAACAGCUGAUACACCAAGACAGCAAGGCAGGAAAAGAGAUACGUGAGGUGGAGGAAAAUGGCAAAUCCAAAUCAAUAUUUUACGCUUAUUUGGAUCUGAGUGAGAAUAUCUAUGAAGAUGUUCAUCAAACUUCCAAGGCUAGUCCUCUGCAACCUCUGCGCACACUGUGGCGAGAAACUGACAAUGUGAUCAAGAGUGGCAUUCUGGAGAGGCUGACCCCUUCACAGAUUGCUCUUCAGGAGUCGAAGUUUGAGAUAUUGACUUCAGAAGUUUCUUACCUCAAGUCGCUCAACAUUCUCAUCACACUGUUUGUAGAGUCAUCGGAACUCAAGGACGUUCUCGACAUAGAGGACAGGAGAUGUCUUUUUGGAAACAUUUUGGAAAUUCGCAAGGCCUCCGAGAUCUUCUUGUUCGACCUCGCGGGGCAGUGGGAGGAAGACUUCAUGUUGCCAGAUGUUUGUUCAGUCAUCAACAAGCACUCAAGUGGGACUUUCAGGGUGUACAUAGAGUACUGUGGGAAUCAAGUGCGCUUCCACAAAACUCUGCAGAGGCUGAUGCUGGACACAGAAAGGUUCCUGCCAGUUCUGACGCAGCUGGAGAGUUUGUCAGCUUGUCAAGGCUACUCACUACAAUCGUUCCUCAUGUUGCCAGUGCAGAGGGUAACAAGGCUGCCGUUGUUAGUUCAAGCGAUCCAGCGAAGACUGACAUCGGCUGCUAGCGAGUUCGCUACUUGCAGGACAUCACUCACUGCUGUCAAUCAGCUGGUUCAUGAGUGCAACGAAGGAGUUCGGACCAACGAACAGGAGGAGAAAAUUCUCGCAUUGUCUCAGAUUCUCACAAAUGACACCAAAGAAACUGAAGAAAACGAGAUCAACAGCUCAACACCGAAAAAACUUCAGAAAGGAACGCCAAAGAAGAAGAAGCAGUCUUCUCUUCCGUGGAAGAUAUUUACUCCAACAACUGCACCACCAUGUGAUGUUUAGUCGAGUUCCUCUAUGGAAUGCAUCUCUGUGAUAUAUAGAUUAGUUUCGAGUGCCUAAAUAUGCUAAGUGCUAAAUCUGAAUCUCAUACGGUGUUUCUGUCUAUAUUCUACUUACUGCUACUUAUAUCUCUAUGUUUAUAUUUUAUAAUAUGUAAAGCUCAAUGUUUUGUGUAGAUUUUAGUUAUUGAGUAAUUAGUGUGCUAAGUUGCAUUUUGCUACAAUCAAGAGAAACAGUCAAAAAAGUUCUUCAGGGCGGCAAAGAUACUUUACACACUAGUUACUCAUUAUAUUUUUCCUACAGUUACCAUAAAACAUACAUUGAAGUCUUUUUAAUUUCUUACUUACAUACUUCAUACUUGCAUUAAUGCUUUGGUUUGUACGUACUCAUCUGGUAGUCUUAGCUAACUCUGUCAACUCAUUUUGUAUACUGCAAAUAUAAAAUGUGGAAAGACUGCGCAAGUACAGCUAUUUUCACUGAUGAACAUGAGUGCGAAACAGCUGUUUGGUAGGUAACUGUAGGAAAUGAUUAUUAAACUCAAUUGUGCAUUUAAUAGUGUUACUUUGAUCAUAAAUCUGUACUGUAAACCGUUAGUUUAUUAAGCAUUGUUAUUAUUGAGUGUGCCAGGUAAAAACAGUAUAGGAAAUUAAAAUAACAAUAACUAAGUAUUUUAGGUUAUAAUUGUAUAUUUUUAUAACGUAAAUCUAUUGUAAUAUUUGUUCUUGUACUUAUUUAUGUAUCCAUAUUCCAGGGUAUUAUUUUUGUAUGCAUUUUUGUAAUGUGUCCUUUGUUUUCUUCAUAUUGAGUAUUAUUUCGGAAUGUGUAAAAUACUAAUUUAAGACCAGUAUGUCUGUUAAAGUAAAAUGUAUCUCAUUUUGUCUGGAUUUCAAAUAUUGUGACUUUCAAUGUUCAUCUUACGAGUCAUUGAGCUAGAAAUACAACUUGAGAUAGCACUGGUGCGGCAACUCUGCUAGAAAAUCAAGAAGCUGUAAAAUGUUGUUAUGUUGGUACCAACUAGGGGAAACAGCCAGCUUAUUAGCUCACGGAUUUACUACAAUCCCACAAUCCCCUAUUCCUCUAAUUCCAAUGCACUGUACAAUCUACUUCAUCCCUUUGUGCAAAUGGCGGCCAAUGUCUCGCAAUUUUCUCAUUUAUAGUGCUACCUCCAUUUGUAUCUCUAGCUCAGUGUUACAAUACAAGCUAUGCAAAAUCUGUAAAUCAGUUGAUGAAUUUUUAUUAUUGUUGGUAAGAAAACACUGUGGCUCAUUCCAUUCUUUGGAGUCAGAGACAUAGCUUUUUUAGAAUCUGUUGUGAGAUAAACAUGUGUAUAUAAAAGCAAAUAACUUUUGUAUUUGUAUUUUACCUACAUAGAGUGCAGUAUUGUCAUUGAUAAGCCAUAUUUAACAUGUAACAGAGCUUUUUAAAGAUUGUUAACUAGACUUUAUAUCUUAGUUACAACAAAACUCAUUUUUAAGAUGUCAUUAUUGUCUAUUUUCAAAUAUUUUGGAUUUUGAAUGGUUCAAGAUUGUGUUGUAUAUAUUUUUUUACUUAUAACAACGUUACCAAUUUGUAUAAAUGAUUGCAUGACUUUUAA